AUGCAUUGGUUACUAUUAAUAUACGUGUGUCUUAGUUUCUUGACUUAUAUAGUUACAAGUCCAAUUACUUACGAAAAUGUUCGAGAUACACCUUACAAUGUUUCAUAUGAUCAUCGAGCUGUUAAAAUUAAUGGUGUUCGAACAAUGCUUAUAUCUGGUGCUAUACAUUGUCUUAAUACCAUUCAAACAUUAAUAUUUUGGAAUCUACAUGAACAAAAAGCAAAUGUAUUUAAUUUUAGUGGUCGUGCUAAUUUAAGUCAAUUUCUUCAAGAUGCUGAUGAUGCUGGUUUAUUUGUUAAUUUACUUACGUAUGGGUCCAUAUAUAUGUGGUGA